CAGCCAUCACGUUCUCUUGAAUCUCUUCUAUCAAGUCUCGAACAUUCGGAGACCACCGCACACGCAGCCGAUAUUUCCACCGGAAUCGCGCAUCCGCCAUCGCCAUCAUAGGUAGCACCACCGUCUCGAUAUUGCUUGCUGGACUUUUCGUAUCUGUGCACUUAAAAAAAACACUAUACUGGGAUCUGAUUAACUAAAACUUAGCCGAAUUCAGGAGAAAGUAUUGACAAUGAUCUUUCUAUCGUGAUCCAUUUUAUCGGGCAAGAUGAUGGUCGAAGAUCUAGGAAUUGAAGCCAAGGAGUCUGCAGUUCGCGAGGUUGCGAAGCUCUUGCCGCUUCCUGAGCUUUUGCAUUCCAUUUCUUCAGUCAAGGCAGAUUACAUUGCACGCCAACAGGCAAAUGAUGCACAACUUAGCACCAUGGUUGCUGAGCAGGUUGAGCAGGCACAAGCUGGUCUAAAAGCACUUGGUUCAUCUGAGAAGACUGUAAACCAACUCCGUGAAAAUUUCGUUAGUAUUGAUAGGUACAUUUUUUAGGGCACUUGAUGUCACUUAUAUAAUUCUCAUAGACUCCUAUUUUUUUGGAC